UUUGGGAAAAAUGGUUGGAGGAAUUAAGAGACUUUGGGGUAUUGUUAAUAUUAUUCUAGCUAUUGGUUUGGCAAUGACUGUCCUUAUUACUAGGAUGGCAGAGCAGGAACGUCAGCUAAGCGGUGGUGCCAGUGUUGGAAAUCCUUCUGAAGGUGUCAAGGCUGGUGCCAUGCUUUUCUUUGCACUUCUUGGUAUCCCUUGUGCGAUUACCUUCAGUGUUCCUUUUGCUCUAGCAUCAAUAUACUGCAGCGCUUCAGGGGCUGGACAAGGUUUAUCUUUGGGAGUCUUGAAUCUUGCCAUUGUGGUACCACAGAUCGUGGUGUCAACAUUAAGUGGACCAUGGGAUGCUCUUUUUGGUGGUGGUAAUUUGCCUGCUUUUGUGGCGGGUGCAGUGGCUGCUGUGGUUAGUGCAAUAUUGGCAGUUGUCUUGUUGCCUUCAACUACACCAGAUGAUGAGGCUAAGGCUACCAUUGCUUCUGGAAGUUUCCACUAAUUACUUAUGUUUAAUGGGGUGGGAUAUAUAUAUAUUAUAUAUAAUAUUAAAUUGCACGUUGUUUCAUUUCCUUUUGAAAUGAAAUUUUUGUGUAUUAGAUAUAUCUGUAGCAAGCAUUAACCUUUUGUCUGGUGUUAUGCUUUUAUAAAAUCCUAUUCUUAAUUAAUCAGAAGAUCGAUUUUUAUUCCAAAAAAGAA